UACUGGUCCUGUCAAUUCGCUGUACCGGUCGCGUAAGCGAAUCAUGUCACCGCUAUUGCCCUUGUCAAUUAGACAAGCAGGAUCACUACCACUGUACCCACUGUCGAAUGAACUUCAACAGCGAAGCCGGCGUUAUCAGUCACCUGGAGAGCCUGCUAAUUCACCCGGUUCUAGGAGGUUCAGGAACAGAUUUGAUUCGCUUAGUCGAAGAGACGGUUUACCCAGAUAGGCCCUGGCAAACUUUGGCGGGUAGUGCUGUUCGAUGUUCUCUCUGAACAUCGAACAGCCCCAGUUAUCUCGCAUGAGAUGUCGGAGAGCAGCCAAUCAUAUAGAUCGCUGGGGCUGUGAAAGGUUCGAGAAGGUUCGAUGCCUGAGUCACAUGAUGACUCCACCAAUGACGUACGCCAACUCCGAUGCGUACCCAGGUUCCUGCAUCGGCAGAUCGGCUAAGGCGGGAGUUCGCAUACUUGGCAUACGCAGAUCUACGGAGGCGAUGCGCUGCUCACGUUGUUCGAGAGAAGCAAGACCAGGAGGAAGUGGUGCCUUUUUGUAUCUUGCGAGGCGGGUUUCCGUUUCACUCUUAUUCAAGAGUGGCAAAGCAGGAUCAUGGGAUCUAAGUUGGAGUAGACAGGGACAUUACCAACUCAUGGGGCUAUCGGGACCAGUCCUGGUGCAGCUUGCCACGACCAAUGUCGAUGACAGGCGGUCGACCACGGCAGAACCGCUCCACAGCGACCAAUGAGGAUUGAAUGAAUGAAAUUUAUUCCGCCCGGGAGGACAAACCCCAUAGGGCUAGGACGCUAGGCUAUUUCCUUCUUGCCUUACUUCUGACAGGCCUGUUUGAAGGCCAACCCCUCUACAAGUGUUCAGCCUCAGCAGCGGAAGUCCAAAACAGAAGGGAAUCAUCAAAUUAGGCGGUUUGAAUUAAAGU